AGACGGUAAACAAAACACGACCUGAAAGACCAUAUAGAUUACCGUGUUUAUUCUACGUAUUUAUUUAGGUGUUUUACUUCCCAUGGUUAACUCUUGGUUGUGCAGCACCGGAAAUACAAUCACUCCGCUUUUUGUUUACUGUAGCUGGGGCGCUAGAUCAGCUGCUCCUAGUUCCCCUGGAAAGAAAAUCACAUUCUGCAUGUUUGUUUUUAGUCUGACUAGCGUUUAACUGCAUUGUUAUCUUAACAAAGUAUUGGGCUGUCCAUGCAUCUGUUUACUUUAUUAGUUGUUAGUAAGGUUGCUGGUGUCUGACUCUACAGAUGAUCGAGGUGGUGGCCUCCAUGGCCCGGGGCCCCGUGUUCCUCGCCGGGGAGCUCAUGGAGUGUCUCAUAACUUUCACUAACCCGAUGUCCCAUCUCUCCACCUCUGCCAGCAGUGAAAUGCUGGCCUGGGCCAGUGCCCAAAUCCACUGCCAGUUUCACGCCAGCGAGAGCCGAGUGGCCCUGCCGGCUCAGGGCAACAAACAGGACGUCCAGGCUGAGAGCGACACGGUGCUUAUUCCAAGCAGAGGAGAGCGAGGGCAGUGUGUGCUGGACACUCCGCCUAAGAUACUGUUCUGUGACCUGCGUCUGGACCCCGGGGAGAGUAAAACCUAUUCCUACAGUGAGAUGGUUCCAGUGGACGGUCCUCCCAGUUUCCGCGGUCAGGCGGUGAAAUACGUCUACAAACUAACCAUCGGCUGCCAGCGAGUCAACUCUCCCAUCAAACUGCUCCGAGUCCCUUUCAGAGUGCUGGUUCUGCAAGGCAUGCCAGAGCCUCCGUUUCCCCAGGAUGAGGAAGUGUCCCCCUCUAACCCGUUCCUGGAGGAAGAGGAAGCGAGCCGCAGGGACGCUCGCCCCUUAGAGAGAGCUCUGGAGAUGCUGAUGGUCAGCACAUCCAGACGCUGCCCCCAAAUGUUUAAUAUCACCGACAGUCGAGGGAAAGUUGCAAAGUUCUGCAUGUUUAAGACGGUUUACAGACUCGGGGAGGACAUCAUCGGCACCUUCAACUUCUCAGAAGGAGACGUUCCCUGUUUGCAGUAUUCAGUGAGCCUUCAGAGUGAGGAGGAGAUCCAGCAGCCUUACCAGCGGCGUCCUGGACAACCUGUCAGUGUGACGGGACACGGGAGGCACAUGGAGUCGUGCCUCCACACGGCCUCCAGUCACUUCUCCCUCCCCGUCCCUCUAAACGUCACACCGGGGUUCAGCACAGACACGGUGAUCCUGAGGUGGCGACUUCACUUUGAGUUCGUCACGGCUCGGGAUCCAAUGGAACCGCCCGUUGUGCUGCAGAACCAAUCGGAGGUCACGGUUUGGACCGGGGCGGAGCAUGUCAACGUGGAUACCUUCAGCUGGGAUCUUCCAAUCAAAGUCCUGCCCACCAACCCGGCCCUGGCGUCCUCCAUGUCCCACUUUACAGGGACCAACAGCAUUAAUAUCUGACCGUGUGUGUGUGUGUGUGUGUGUGUGUGUGAGUGUGAGUGUGAGUGUGAGUGUGAGUGUGAGUGUGAGUGUGUGUGUGUGUGUGUGUGUGUGUGUGUGUGUGUGUUUUCAUGACAGAGAAAGAAACAUUUCUUCUUUCCUGAUGACAAAUUGUACAGAGAUGAACAUUCCAGAAACAGAGAAGUGUUUCUUGUUGUUACCAACACUUACAUUUUGCUGAUCUGAGUCGUGCAGUUCAUCUAACUUUAAGUGUGUCCAACAUUAACAAAAGUGCAAAAUAUCUCUGUGGUGUUUUUUUUUCUUUCUGUUUUAACUGUUUGAGCAACAACUGAACUGAGAUGUAAAUACUACAAAAUCAAACUUUAUUAAAAGUGUGUUUCAAAAGGAA